GAAGCCACGUCCAGGCUCUCCACCGAGCGCAAGAGGGCGGAUUUACCAGAAGUGGCCGGAGAGUCAACCGUCCGAAAUUCUUCUCUCCUGGUGGAGAAAUGGUCCCCAGUGACACUAACAAAUAUGUUAUUCUCCUUUCCGACUCGGAGAGUGACUAA